UUUAAUUCUGAUUUCUCACAAAAUGGGUGCUCUUGCUCUUGCUCUUGCUCUUGCUCCUGCUCUCUCCGCCGCCGCCAACAGCCAGUCCAGCAUUCGAUUCCUUAUACUGUCCCAUGCACCGCCAAGAAGAAGAAGAAGAAGAAGAAGAAUUAUAAAUUUAUCAUUCCCUCGAAAACCGACUAGUAAAUUUAUAGUUUUUGCCUCCAAAGACAACCCUAAGCUCGACCCGUGGGACCAAAUUGAGUUCAAGCCACUUGAUAUAGGGUCUUCUGAGAAAAGGAGUGCCGCUAAUGCACCUUUGGAGACAAAAUUGGUGGAUUCUAAUAUCAAGUUCUCUAUGGAAGCUUUGCUGCAAGGAAAACCAAAAAGAUUAGACCAACCUGCGAAAGGAAUGCCAAAUUUUAGCAGAGAGGAUAUGGCUUUAGUGAAUCCAGAAAUUUACGGAAAUGUUGUUGAGCUUGAGAAUUUCCUUGCAGCAUCACCUAUAAAGGAACAUGAAGACAAUGACUGGGCAAUGGUUGAAGAUCUGGCUAGGACAGGAGGAAGAGAAGAAGUGAAACUGAUUAGUUCUAGCACCAGAGGCUUUGUUGUAUCUUUUGGCUCUUUGAUAGGAUUUUUACCAUACUGUAAUCUUCCAGCCAGGUGGAAAUUUUUAGGUUUCGAAUCAUGGUUGAGAGGGAAAGCCUUAGACCCGUCAGAGUACAAGCAAAAUUUGGGUGUUGUAGGAAAAUACAGGAUUGCAAACAAGACUUCUCUUGAUUCGAGCCUCGGCCCAGAAAUUGAUCUAAAAGUCGACGUACACAUUUUACCUGAUAUGAAACUGGAAGAUCUUCUUAAAAUUUAUGACCAAGAGAAACUCAUAUUCUUGUCAUCCUUUGUUGGUCAGAAAAUCAAAGUUUAUGUUGCGUCGUCUGAUAGAAAGUCUAAAAGGUUAAUAUUUUCUGUGAAGCCAAAAGAAAAGGAAGAAAUGGUUGAGAAAAAGAAAAGUGUCAUGGCUAAACUUAGUGUUGGAGACGUCGUGAAAUGUUGCAUCAAGAAGAUUACUUACUUUGGCAUUUUUGUUGAGGUAGAAGGGGUAACUGCACUAAUUCACCCAACACAAGUGUCAUGGGAUGCCACUCUGGACCAUGCAUCAUAUUUCAGAGUUGGUAAGAUUGUGAAGGCAAAAGUUCACCGGUUGGAUUUUUCACUUGAACGCAUUUUUCUGUCAUUAAAGGAAACAACGCCAGAUCCAUUAAUUGAGGCCUUGGAAGCUGUUUGGUGAUCAUGAUUCCUUAGAUACUCUUCUAAAUUUAUAUAGUAUCCAUGUUGGACACUUGACGUUUGGAUAAGAGUAUAAGAUAUGUAUCUGACAUGCUUAGUUGGAGAUUCACCCAAGAAGUAUGUAUAAAUAGGCAAAUUUAUUAUAUAACUAUGCAUAAAAUUUUCAUUUUGUACAUACAUUAAAUGGUAUAUUUUAGUUUGUAAACAUCA